AUGCUCCAGCAGAAUAUAGGCCAGCGAUACCAGUUGCAGAAAAAGGAGCAAAAUGUUCAUUUCAAGAAGUUUUUAGGUGUCUUGAAGCAACUGCACGUGAACAUAUCGUUGGUGGAAGCUCUAGAGCAAAUGUCGAAUUAUGUGAGGUUCUUGAAAGAAAUACUCACAAAGAAAAGAACGUUGGGAAAGUAUGAAACAGUAGCAAUGACUAAGGCUUGUAGCACUGUACUCACGAGCAAAAUUCUUGCAAAGAUGAAAGAUCCUAGGAGUUUCACCAUACCAGUUUCAAUUGGGGGACAACAACUAGGGGUUGCCUUAUGUGAUCUGGGCGCUAACAUCAAUCAUAUGCCAUUAUCAAUUUACAAGUUGGGCAUUGGGGAAGCAAGGCCCACAACAGUGACAUUGCAGCUGGCGGAUCGAUCCAUUACGCAUCCAGAGGGAAAAAUUGAAGACGUGUUGGUACAAGUAGAUAAAUUUAUUUUCCCUGCUGACUUAAUUAUUUUGGAUUAUGAUGCAGAUAAGGAGGUCCCUAUUAUUCUUGGAAGACCAUUCCUCGCAACUGGGAGAGCUUUAGUAGAUGUCCACAAGGGUGAACUUACAAUGCGUGUACAAGAUCAAUAA